AUGGAUAAAAUAUUACGUCCUGAACGCUUAGAAACAGAUCCUAACAGUAGCACGGCGGCAACUAAAUGGCAGCAUUGGAAACGAACAUUUGAAAAUUUCCUAUCGGUGUUGCCAAGGGAAAGAUUGGAUAAAUUCGGUGCGUUAACGAACUUUGUAUCACCUACUACAGUCUUUCAGUACAUCGAGGAUAGUGAAGAUUACACUGCAGCUAUCGCAAUUUUGGAAGCCUUGUUUGUCAAACCAACUAAUGAAAUUUACGCUCGACAUUUACUUGCCACAAGACGUCAAAGGACAAAUGAGACACUUGACGAGUACUUACAAGUGCUGAAGACCCUUAGUAAAGACUGUAACUUUAAAAAUGCUACAGCCCUUCAGUACCGCGACGAAAGUAUUCGAGAUGCAUUUAUAACAGGGCUUCUGUCUAAUUCGAUUCGUCAAAGAUUGUUAGAAAAUAAAACGCUGGAUCUCAAGACAAUGUUUGACCAAGCUCGAUCCCUCGAGUCAGCUAUGAAAAGUUCCGAAUCUUAUACGGACUCUCAAGCGAGUUUCAAUGCUGCAGUUCCUUCGUCACCACCCGCUACACCUCCUUUGGACAAUCAAGAUCCAAGUUCUUUGGCAGCUUUGCCAACCGAAGGUGCAUUUUGUUUCUUUUGUGGAAAUAAUAGACAUCCUCGAUCCAAAUGUCCAGCUAGAGAUGCCAUUUGCAUGAAGUGCCAAAAGAAGGGACAUUUCGCGAAAGUCUGUCGGGGAAAAGCAGCUGUCAAGCCCGUCAGCUUAAAUUCAGCAGCCGUUUGGUUCCCAACAUUGGCUACAGUAACUCCUCCAGUGAACCCAGCAUCUCUGUCAAAAUCGUCAGCAAUGGUAUUUCUCAAUGGGUUCAAAGUUAAAGCACUCUUCGAUAGCGGAAGCAGCGAAAGUUUCAUUCAUCCUAGCCUGGUUGAGACGGCUUCCCUCUUUGUUCACCCAUCCUCCGGGACAGUAUCCUUGGCUACUUCCGACAAUGUUACUAAAGUUGCUGGGUACUGUUUGACUAAUCUUACCUAUCAAGACCAUACAUAUGAAAACCUUCGUCUAAGAGUGUUGCCAGGAUUGUGCACAGACCUGAUAUUGGGUCUCGACUUCCAAUCAAAGCAUAAGAAUGUCAUCUUCAACUAUGGUGGACCCGAGCCACCUUUGGUUGUGUGCGGUUUCAGUACGUUGAACAUGGAGCCACCAGAACCCUUUGCAAAUUUGACUCCUGAUUGCCACCCUAUUGCCACCAAAUCUCGACGGUACAGCCAAGAAGAUUUGUUGUUCAUCGACGGUGAAGUGGAAAGGCUUCUCAAGGAGGGCCUCAUCGAGCCAAGUAAGUCCCCUUGGCGAGCACAGGUGGUGGUUACGAAAGACGAGAACCACAAAAAGAGAAUGGCUAUAGACUAUUCGCAAACAAUCAACAAAUUUACGCUCCUGGACGCUUUUCCAUUACCACGAAUUGAUGAGUUAGUCAAUAAAAUUGCCCAGUAUAGAGUCUUCAGUACAAUUGAUCUACGCAGUGCAUACCAUCAAGUUCCCCUCAAAAAUGAUGACAAACCUUACACAGCAUUUGAAGCUCGGGGUUGUCUUUAUCAGUUUACACGUCUUCCUUUUGGCGUCACAAACGGUGUUGCCUGUUUUCAACGAGAAAUG